AUGGACGUGUUCAUGAAGGGCCUGUCCAUGGCCAAGGAGGGCGUUGUGGCUGCAGCCGAGAAAACCAAGCAGGGGGUCACCGAGGCAGCAGAGAAAACCAAGGAGGGCGUCCUCUACGUCGGAAGCAAGACCAAAGAGGGAGUGGUACAAGGUGUGGCUUCAGUGGCUGAGAAAACCAAGGAGCAGGCAUCACAUCUGGGAGGAGCCGUGUUCUCGGGGGCUGGGAACAUUGCAGCAGCCACAGGCCUGGUGAAGAAGGAGGAGUUCCCCACAGACCUGAAGCCAGAGGAGGUGGCCCAAGAAGCGGCUGAAGAGCCACUGAUUGAACCCCUGAUGGAACCUGAAGGGGAGAGUUAUGAGGAAACACCCCAGGAGGAAUAUCAGGAGUAUGAGCCAGAGGCCUAAGGGUCCAGGAGGGCCUCGCACCAGCAGCACAAUUCUUCCCUCUCCCUGCCCCACCCCUCACCCCCCAGAGCCAGGGCUGUCCUUCUACCUUUCCCCCAAAACACGAGAUCUUCCUUCGGCCCGAGGCACCUCCCCCGGGCCUGCGUUAGUGUCUGCCCUGCCCUUCCGUCUGUCUCACCUGCCCGCGUUCGUCCCUGAGGCGUGGACUGAAGUCGGGCAGAGGUUCCACUGGGAGCCCCGCCCCACCAGUGUUACCCCUCACCCUCCAUCUGGUCCGGUGUCUGCGCGGUUGUAGCAUGUUCUAUGUAUUUUUAAACCAAGAUGGGAAAGCUAUGGCUCCUUCCCCAUCCCAACAGAGGUUCUCCGAGGGGCCCCCGGGCAGCCCCACUUCGACCCCUAAAAUGUUUUUUUAACCCAAACCAGGAGCCAGGUUGUGCCAUGCCCCUCCCUCAGCCCGCUCGGCCCGAGCGCGGGCGUCGUGUGUUGUGAUUGUGGCAUGGAGAGCCCCCCACCCACCGUGUGAGCGUGUCCCGGGUGGGCCGGCCCAGCCGCCCCCCAGCGUGUCCAUGAAUAAAGCCAAUCUGUCUGUAGCUGGCGCCACCUGGGCAGGGCUGGGCUUCAGGGCCCCGGGCUGCCCCUCCGCUCUUUGGGCCCUGGAACACUCGGCACAGGUGCAUGCAUGGCUGGCUACCUGGGACCUCAGCUUAUCCAUCUCCUACUCCAAGCCAGCU